UUUUUUUGCUUGCUUUUUUAGCUGGCUUCCUCUCUGCGGGCCUCUCUUCACAUUUUGCACUACAGCGGUACGUGACUCGUUGAUAUUUGGCCAGUGAGUCAAGCGCUUUUCUCGCAAUGUACAUUCCAUUCAUCGGAAGACUGUCGUUGACGGAAUGGCCCGUGUUGGUGCUCUCGUUCCUUGCGACGUAUCUGGAGUUUGUGAUCUCCAUAGUCACAAAGCUGUUGCCUGACGUUGUUGUGGAAGCCGUGACUUCGACGCUAAAGGGCCUACACGGGCUGCUGUUUAAGAGGCGUGGUGAGACCAGCAGGGCCACGUUGAACGGGAUGAAGAUACGGGACCAGGUUGAAUUCAUCGAGUUGAGGGACAACAUCAGAAACACGCAGUCGAUUGUCGAGAUUGGUAAGCUCUUUGGGUACGACAUCGAUAAUCACAUUGUGGAGACUGAAGAUGGAUAUCUCCUCAAUUUACACCGUAUCAAGCCAAAGCAGUUGGACGGGUCCGCUCCAGUGGUAUACCUACACCAUGGCUUACUCAUGUGCUCCGACAUCUGGUGUGUAAACAUCAAGAAGGACCGUAAUAUUCCAUUCCUAUUGCACGAGUUGGGCUUUGACGUUUGGAUGGGUAACAACAGAGGCAACAAGUACUCUUCCAAGCACAUCCACCUGAAACCAAACGAUGUUGAGUUCUGGGAUUUCGCCAUUGAUGAAUUUGCCAUCUAUGACAUUCCUGACUCUAUCAGAUACGCAUUGCAGUAUACAGGUGCAAAGGAUUUGACAUAUAUUGGGUUCUCGCAGGGCUCAGCACAGGCAUUUGCUGCCCUCUCAAUGAAUCCCACGCUCAACAGUAAGAUCAACUUAUUCAUAGCGUUAUCACCUGCUAUGACUCCCAAUGGUUUACACCACAGGGUUGUUGAUACGUUGAUUAAGUCUUCUCCAAGUAUAAUGUAUUUGAUAUUUGGAAAGAAGACAUUGCUACCAACAGCAUCAUUCUGGCAGCAGAUUUGUUAUCCACCGUUAUUCUCAAAGGUCAUUGAUUACUGUGUAGCAUUCUUGUUCAACUGGCAAAAUGAAAACAUUACCUUUGAUCAGAAAAUUGCAUCUUUUGCACAUCUAUACAGCCCGACAUCUGUCAAAUCUGUUGUCCAUUGGUUUCAAAUAAUUAGAAACUCAUCGUUCCAAAUGUUUGACGAAGGCGUGUCGCUCACUAACGCCCUCUCAAAGGCAUUCAGAACACCAUCGUUCCCUACAAGAACAAAUAUUAAAGUGCCCAUCAAGUUGAUUUAUGGUACGAUUGAUUCAUUAGUGGAUAUCAACAAGAUGACUGAUCUUCUUCCAGAGGGGUUAACCGAGUGUGUCGCUGUACCAAAUCAUGAACAUUUGGACCUCAUCUGGGGUGAUCACAUUGAAGAGUUGGUGUUCCCUCAUAUCCUAAGAUUCCUAAAUGUGCCAGAAAGCAACGACGUUGAAUUGAUUGAGGAAAACGAAAAGGUCACAGUAAACGGUCAUUCAAGCCCAUAAACACUAUGCUUGUUGAUGUUAGAACUCUUAAUUACACUCCUUAUCUCAUUUAUAUAAAAGCAAUGUUUUUUAUUCGU